UCCUAACUCUCAGUCUAAAAGUAUCCUUCCUCAUUAUCAUGAGCACCGUAAUAGAAUGCAUAGACCCACUUCAACAUACAAGUAUUUACCAUAGGAGAGAAGAUAGUGAUGAGAGUGAUGGUGAAAAUGGUAUGGGAAACCUUAAUAGGUUCAUUGUCAGGCCUCCAGGACACAGUGGAAAGGCUAAAAGAGGCCAUUUGUGCUUCGAUGCUUCUUUUGAAACUGGUAAUUUGGGAAGAGUUGACUUGGUCAACGAAUACGAAUACGAUUUGUACAUAAGACCCGAUACUUGCUCUCCAAGAUUCAGAUUCUGGUUCAAUUUUACUGUUGAUAAUGUUAAGCAAGACCAGCGCGUUAUUUUCAAUAUCGUCAAUAUGCAUUUGGGAAGAAAUUUGUUCAACAACAGGAUGACGCCUUUGGUUAAAUCGACAUCAAGAAAUAAAUGGCAAAGAAUGCCAAAGGAGUAUGUAUUUUAUCAUAGAUCAGCAAAUCAUCGCAACCACUAUGUGUUAAGUUUCAUCUUUGGAUUCGAUAAAGAAGAUGAGGUGUAUCAGUUUUCUAUGGCUAUACCCUAUAGUUAUUCUAGACUUCAGACGUUCUUAAAAGUUUUGGAAUCUAGAGCUUCGUAUUUGAAUGGAAACUUUAAUAGAGAAUCGUUGACUAAGUCAUUGCAAAACCGUCGAUUGGAGUUAGUCACAAUUGGAAACGAUAAGGAGAUUGAACACAAGAACAAAAAAAGGACAGUAGCUGUGAUGGCUAGAAUACACCCAGGAGAUUCACCUUCCAGUAUGGUGUGCCAAGGAUUACUAGAGUUACUCAUCAGCUCUAGUUCCCUUGCAUCGAUUUUAAGAGAAAGCGUGGUGUUCAAAGUGCUCCCAAUGAUGAAUCCUGAUGGAGUUUUUGUGGGGAACUACAGAAGUAAUAUAACUGGAGCUGAUUUGAACAGGUCUUGGCAUAUAGCCACAAGUUUUUCCCAUCCGACCAUAUGGGCAGUUUUGCAGAUGUUCAGGUCUUUCAGUAAUGAAAAGAGUCAUCAGCUAGAUUUCGUGAUAGAUAUACAUGCCCAUUCCAACUUAACUGGCUGCUUCAUUUAUGGAAAUACCUACGACGAUGUAUACAGAUAUGAACGGCACAUACUGUUUCCAAAACUCUUUGCAGCAUCAGCAGUAGAUUAUGCCAAAGAUAACACUACCUUCAACUCAGAUCCAAUGAAAUGUGGUACCUCACGAAGACACUUAUGUUGCUCUCUCAACAGCAAGGUGAAUUCUUAUGUGCUCGAAGUAUCCAUAUUCGGAUACAAGACUAAAGAACCGGAUAUGCUAAUACCAUAUUCGGAAGAAAGUUAUAAGAGAUGUGGAAUGAACUUGGCUAAAGCUUUUCUGGAAUAUUACCACUGUAUAGGUGUUAUUCCAACGCAGCUCCUUAAAGAAAUACCGAGCAAGAAAAAGAGGCCAAAACGACGUUUCAAACGGAACAAGGAUAGGUUUCGUCCAGAUACAACCAGAAGAUCUGCACAGGUUCAUGUGAAAGAUAUAAGUAUUACUUACGAUAGUGAAAUCUCCUUGGAAGCUUUCAGUUACAGAGCUAUGGGAAGUCCUGUUGGAAUAUUGAAAAAUAGAAGGUUUAAUCAAAAACUUGAAGAUGUUAGUGAUCAUUACAUUGUCUCGCUUACAGAACCUACGUUAUCCAUCAUCGACAUGAACGAAAUGUUAACUAUAUUGUUUAUACAUGUUAGAAUGAAAAAAUUCCAGAGUGAAUGUGAAAAAGUUAUAGCACAAAUAUCGACUGACGAUAUAACAAAAUUCAAUGAUGCCCAAGACCAUGAAUCUCGAAUAAAAAUCAUUUUCAAAUACGCCGACAGCAUUUCAGUCGAUUUUAAGGAACCCAGCAAAGAUGUUAAGAUUUCCGAAAGCGAAAAAACUAAAGGGAAUUCUUUCUUCGCGAAGAAAGAUUACAAACGUGCAAUCAAUGCUUAUAAUGCAGGUAUAAUAAAUUGUCCUCAAAAUGAUGAUUCGUCAAAGGAACUUCUGGCCAUCCUUGUGGCCAACAGAAGCGCUGCGUUCUUCGAAAUGCAAGAAUACAAAAAAGUGCUUGAUGAUAUAGAUUACAUAAUGGAAAUUGACAAAUAUCCAAAACAUCUCCUAUAUAAGAUUUGGUUGAGAAAAGCUAAAUGUUACGAUGCCUUCCAAAAUGAGAAAUCAGCAGAUGAAAUUUACGAACAAGCUGUAGAAUGUUUGAAAUACAGUAAACUAGAUAAUAUGGAUAUAUCGUCUAAAGUAGAAGAGAUCAAGAAUAACAGACAAAACGUGAAAUAUAAACAAAUGCCAUUAGUCAAGGUCUAUGCUGAAGAAUCCUUCGUUCCUCAUGAAACAUACGUGUCAUCUCACAAUAAAGUUCAUUUUGAUCAGGAUGAGUUUCAAGGUAGAUUUGCUAGAGCAACAGAAGAUAUACCGGUAGGUCAGAUCAUAAUUCAAGAAAACCCACAUUGUUGCGUUUUAGCGCCAGAAAAUAAGCUAACUAACUGUCAGCACUGUUUGAUUUCUACAGAGCAAGUUUUCGCUUGCCCAAACUGCCCUUCAGUUAUUUUUUGCAGCAACAACUGUGAACGUCUAGCCAAUGGCUCUUACCACAAGUUUGAGUGUGCAUUCCAGAGUACACUUCAUGAAUCUGGAGCUUCAAUCAAUUGCGCUUUAGCGCUAAGGAUCAUAACGCAAAAAAAUAUUAAAUUCUUCAGGGACAUCAGACGACAACUCAAAGAUUUUCUGAAAGACAAUUGUAGUGAAUCUUAUAAGUUCGAUGUGUACAAAUCGGAGAAUUACAAAACCGUCUUUUUCCUAUGCAGAAAUGAAUUUUCCAGGAAUAAAGAGGAAUUGCUGCACUACACGAUAAUGGCUAUCUAUCUGCUGAAACUGCUUCUGCACACUGAUUAUUUCCACAAGAAAGGAGAAUAUAAGGGCGAAUUGUCAGCAGAUGAAUUAUUCAUAGCAUCACUUCUGAUUAGACAUCUGGAAUCAUUACAAUUCAAUUGUCACGAAAUUGCUGAACUUAGGAACACCAAUGAUGAAGUUGACGGUACGAGAACAGUGUCUUAUAAAUUACAUGGCACUGGUGCAGCUCUCUAUCCUACUGCAGCUCUUUUCAAUCACUCAUGUGACCCCAGCAUUAUCAGGUACAAUUCCAAAAAUAAACUCAUUGUGAGAACGAUAAAACCUAUAAAAAAGGGAGACAUAAUUUACGAAAAUUAUGGUCCUAUUUAUACAACUAUGAAGAGAGAAUUUCGACAGCAAUUUUUGAAAAAACGCUACUGGUUUGAUUGUGUGUGUUCGCCAUGCGUUGAGUACUGGCCACUUUUGGAAAAAAUGGAUGAACAAGAUAUGAAAAUAGGAUGCGAAAAUUGUUCUAAUAUUUUCAUUAUAAAUAAAUCAAACAUACAGCCCUUUUUGGACUGCAAUUGGUGUGGAAAGAAGAAAAACCUUAUGCCGAUUCUCAGAAAUUUGAUGGUUCUAGAAACACUUCUAGCGAAAGCUGAAUCAUUUUACGAAAAUAACGAUUUAACAGGGGCUAUCAAAUUAUUUCUGCAAGCACUGAACAUUCUUUAUGACAAUUUGAAACCUCCUUGUCCUGAUAUGGUUAAAAUUCAACAAAGGCUGAAGACUUGUUUUGUACAUUAUGGUAACAAAAUGAUAGAUUAUAAGUUCAGCGAAUGAUCCAUUUGUUUAUUACAAAUGGCUAGUCGAAAGAAAAACGAAUAAAGUCUUUUACCUAC